AUGCAUCAGCACCAGAGCAGAGCAAAGAUGCCCAGCGUCUUUGCCUACCAGAGCUCUGAGGUGGAUUGGUGCGAGAGCAAUUUCCAGCACUCGGAGUUGGUGGCUGAGUUCUACAAUACGUUCAGCAAUGUGUUCUUCCUCAUCUUUGGACCCCUCAUGAUGUUCCUCAUGCAUCCAUAUGCUCAGAAGCGUACCUGGGCCAUCUACGGGGUCUCAGUCCUCUUCAUGGUCAUAGGUCUGUUCUCCAUGUAUUUCCACAUGACACUCAGCUUCGUGGGGCAGCUGCUCGAUGAGAUCUCCAUCCUGUGGUUGCUGGCCAGUGGCUACAGCGUGUGGAUGCCCCGUUGCUACUUCCCCAAGUUCACCAAGGGGAGCAGGUACUACUUCAGCUGCUUUGUGAUUCUGACCACUAUAAUCAGCACCUUCUUGACAUUUGUGAAGCCCACGAUCAAUGCAUACGCCCUCAACAGCAUCGCCAUACACAUUGUCUACAUUGUGCACCAAGAGUACAAGAAGACCAGCGAUGGGGAUCUUCGGCAUCUGAUUGAGAUGUCUGUGAUCUUAUGGGCUGUCGCGCUGACAAGCUGGAUCAGUGACCGUGUACUUUGCAGUUUCUGGCAGCGGAUUCACUUCUUCUACCUGCAUAGCAUUUGGCAUGUCCUCAUAAGCCUCACCUUCCCUUAUGGUAUCGUGACUAUGGCCCUGGUGGAUGCCAAGUAUGAGAUGCCAGGUGAAACCCUCAAAGUCCACUACUGGCCCCGGGAUAGUUGGUUCAUCGGGCUGCCCUAUGUGGAGAUCCAGGACAAUGACAAGAGCUGCUGAGCCCGCGGAGUCUCUGACUAUCAGUCUCCUGUGCUCUGAGGACAGAGGACCAGGACUUCAGCUGGGACACUUGUGGUCACGUCUCCCUUCCCUCAUCCACACUCCCUGCCCGGCUCUGUUGCCACAAGAUAAACCUUCUUGUGGCUCUGAGUACUAGUUUGGUGACUGAGGGGCGGGGGCUGCCUGGUGUGCUGGAUAACUGGCCCGUGUCCUCCUUCUGCCUGAGGAACCACAGCUUCUCCACGGCCAUUGGUGUGGUGGUGCAUAGAUGGGUGAAUGGGUAGGUGUGUGUCUGAUACAGUACCUGCUGGAAGCAUGAUGCUUGCUCUCUAGCAUCUUGCACAUCUGGGACUAUUUAUGAGUGUUACAGAUUCAACUUGGGUCAUGACAAUGUUCUCGGAAAGUAGGGAGGAUCCUAGAGAGCAAUAUAUAUAUAUAUAUUGUCCUCUUUGAACCACCAUGUACCCUCAGAGCACGGUGGCGGCAAACACAGGAGCCAUGAGGGAGGAAAACAGAGGGCCAACCUGGGUGACAUUAUGGAACAGGGUUGUGAGAGGGGAGCAUGGUGACCAGUCUAGGCAC